AUGGCUGGAGCAGCGGUGGCGGCGGUCGACGUGCCGGCGGCGGCGGCCAACGGAGGGGCGUGCUGCCACGCCGCCAAGGGGCCCGGGUACGCCACGCCGCUGGAGGCCAUGGAGAAGGGGCCCAGGGAGAAGCUCGUCUACGUCACCUGCGUCUACAACGGUGAUCCACAGGCUCCCGGUCACCCACACCGGCCCGGCGAUGAGCUGCAUCACUCUGGCUGGAACUCCUGCAGCUCCUGCCACGGUGAUCCAUCAGCCAAGCGCCGCUUCCUGAUCCUGCCUUCGUUGCUGUCAGGUCGUGUGUAUGUCGUUGACACAGCGACAGACCUGAGGGCGCCAUCCUUGCAUAAGGUGGUUGAGUCUGAGGACAUUGCUGAGAAGACUGGGCUUGGGUUUCCUCACACGUCUUAUUGCCUUGCAUCUGGCGACAUUAUGAUUUCUUGCCUUGGGGACAAGGAGGGGAAUGCAGCUGGCAAUGGCUUCCUGCUGUUGGAUUCGGAGUUUAAUGUCAAAGAGCGUUGGGAAAAGCCAGGUCAUAGUCCAUUGUUUGGAUAUGACUUCUGGUACCAGCCUCGCCACAAGACGAUGAUCAGUUCAUCAUGGGGAGCCCCUGCAGCGUUCAGGACAGGUUUCAAUCUUCAGCAUGUCCAGGAUGGCCUGUACGGAAGGCACCUGCAUGUGUACGACUGGCCUGGUGGUGAGCUCAAGCAGACACUUGAUCUAGGUGACACUGGACUUCUUCCCCUUGAGGUGAGGUUUUUACAUGAUCCAUCAAAGGACACUGGCUAUGUUGGCUGUGCUUUGACAAGCAACAUGGUGAGAUUUUUCAAGACCACGGAUGGAUCGUGGGCCAUGAGGCAGUACAACAUUGAGGAUCCUGCAAAGCCUUUCUUGGCUGGACAAGUAUGGGUUGGUGGUCUUCUUCAAAAGGGCAGUGAUGUCGUCUAUGUUACUGACGAUGGUCAAGAAGAACAGUAUAAUGUGCCUCAAGUCAAGGGUCAUCGACUUAGAGGUGGACCACAGAUGAUUCAGUUGAGCUUGGAUGGCAAGAGGAUAUUCGUGACCAACUCACUUUUCAGCCGUUGGGAUGAGCAGUUCUUUGGUGAUGAUCUUGUCAAGAAGGGCUCCCACAUGUUGCAGAUCGACGUCGACACCGAGAAAGGAGGGCUGGCUAUCAACCCCAACUUCUUUGUAGAUUUUGGCACCGAGCCUGAUGGUCCUGCCCUGGCCCAUGAGAUGAGAUAUCCUGGUGGGGACUGCACCUCUGAUAUAUGGAUCUGA